AUGCAGGUGGCACUCUGGUCUCUGGGCCUUGGGUCCCUGAUCCUCUCUCUCAAGGCUGUUCCCAUUGGGGGGCCCGAUGCCCUGAGACUAGCGUACAGAUCCAGCUCAUGUGACGGCGUGGUGCUGGUUCAACAUCAGGGCUCAUGGGGACAUGUAUGCAACCAGGAGUGGACACUGCAAGAGGCAUCGGUGGUCUGCAGACAGCUGGGCUGUGGCAAGGCAGUGGGUGCCCCCAAAUACGUCCCACUGCCAGGAGAGAAGGUGCAGCCCCAGCUACACAACGUGUCUUGCAGUGGCAAUGAGUCCUCGCUCUGGGAGUGCCGCCUCGGGGCAUGGGGGUCUCACAAGUGUCCACACCAGUGGGUGGUGGUUGCUCUGUGUGCCAAUGGCACUUUCCGGGAGAUCCGGCUAGUGAAGGGCCGCAGCCCAUGCGCAGGGCUCCCUGAGAUCAGGAACGAGAACAGCGUGGAUCGGCUCUGUGGUCUGCAUGUGGAGGAGGCCACAGUAUUCUGCAGGGAACUGGGCUGUGGCUCUGUGCUGCAGGCCCCUCGCCAGGAAGUGGGGGCUAGAGGGAAGUACAUGACAUGCAAAGGCACAGAGACCACCAUCAAGAACUGCAGACUCAAUAACAACCUGCGAAGUGGCUGCGACUUCCAGCAGGACGCAGAGGUGGUCUGUUCAGGACACACUGAGGUCCGGCUGGCAGGUGGUGAACACCCUUGUGUGGGACGCCUGGAAGUGCGGCAUGGACUGACAUGGGGCACCGUGUGUGAUAGGAACCUGGACCUGGCCACGGCCCAUGUGGUGUGCCGGGAGCUGCAGUGUGGCGCUGCGGUAUCUACGCCUGGGGCUGCCCACUUUGGCCACGGCUCUGGGCUCGUGUGGACAGAGACCUUCCACUGUGUUGGCAAUGAGUCCUUGCUGUUCCACUGUCCCCGGGGGCCAGGGCACCAGUGUGGGCACAGCCAGGAUGCUGGACUCCGGUGCUCAGAGUUCCGGCUGGUCAAUGGCAGCAGCAGCUGUGAGGGCCGUGUGGAAUUUCAGGUCCAGGGAACCUGGGCACCCCUCUGUGCUGCUUACUGGGACUUAGCGGAUGCCUCGGUGCUUUGCCACCAACUCAACUGUGGCAAUGCAGUGGCCAUGCUCCAGGGAGGCCACUUUGGGGGCUGGGGAACACCCAUUUGGCCCGACCAGUUUCACUGCACGGGCACAGAGGACUAUUUGUGGAACUGCCCAGUCACCACCCUGGGAACACCGCCCUGUGCCCCAGGAAACGCUGCUGCUGUGGUGUGCUCAGGUCUGGCCCACGCUCUGCGGUUAAGGGACGGACAGAGCCGCUGCGAUGGCCGCGUGGAGGUGUCCGUGGCCGGGUCAUGGGGCCGAGUGCUGGACGCCAUGUGGGAUCUGAAGGGCGCAGCUGUGGUGUGCCAGCAGCUGCAAUGCGGGAGGCCUGAGCGUGCCUAUGAUGCACCUGCGCCCAGGAGCAGGGCCAGUGGCGUGGCAUUGAGUGGGGUGCGCUGUGGUGGCUCUGAGACGCACCUGACCCAGUGCAACAUAUCCACUUCCCAGCUGCUGCCCGCGGGGGCCUGGCGGGAUGCGGGCGUCGUGUGUUCAGGUGAGUGUGGCUGUUUUCCGACAUGCCCACGGCCCACGCAGCAGCUCUCUCAGGCCUGACCGAGCAUUUUCGCAGGGAGCCUUGGAGUGCGACUGGCUGCUGGACCUGGCCGCUGUGCAGGGCGCGUGGAGGUGCUGCACGGGGGUGCGUGGGGCACCGUGUGUGAUGAUGGCUGGGACCUCCAAGAUGCCCACGUGGUCUGCAAGCAACUGGGCUGCGGCAUGGCACUCAGGGCCCUGGGUGCGGCACACUUUGGGCCGGGCACUGGGCACAUCUGGAUGGACGAACUGCGCUGUGGGGGUUCGGAGUCUGCUCUGUGGCAGUGCCAGUCGCGAGGCUGGGGCCGACAUGACUGUGGACACAAGGAGGAUGCGGGCGCCGUGUGCGCAGGCUCGGUGGCCCUGAGGCUUCGAGGUGGCAUCCACCGCUGUGCAGGGUGGCUGGAAGUGUUCUACAAUGAGACCUGGGGUGCCGUGUGCAGCAACGCACUGAAGGACCUUUCCUUGUCCAUCAUCUGCAAGCAACUGGUGUGGGGAGCAGGGCUGGCUGGAGAACAGGCCGAGCCAUGCCACAGGCUCCCGCAUCUUCUGGGUGGACAAAGUGGAGUGCCGAGGGCUGAGAAACUCCACCCUAUGGCAGUGCCCCUCUGCUCCAUGGGAUCCCCACUCCUGUAUUCCUGGGGAGGAGAGUUGUCCAAGGAGAAGCCACAGGAUUCUGGGGACACCGCUAAUUGCUCAUCGGCACAGAAUUGUCCAGAGGAGGGUGCGCUGCGUCUUCGUGGGGGCAAGGACAACUGUGCAGGCCGAGUGGAGCUGUGGCACGAUGGCUCCUGGGGCACCGUGUGUGAUGACGGCUGGGAUCUGGCUGAUGCCGAGGUCGUGUGUCGCCAGCUGGGCUGUGGUCCUGCUCUGGGCGCUCUGCCGGGGGCUGCCUUUGGUCCAGGCUCAGGGCCUGUGUGGCUGGAUGAAGUGGGGUGCCGGGGCAGUGAGGUGGCCCUGUGGGACUGUCCUGCACUGCUGUGGGGACACGGAGACUGUGUGCACAAGGAGGAUGCAGGCGUGAACUGCUCCAGUACCCCUCUGGCCCCGCUGCCUCCCCACCAGGCUGAGACCUUGCCAAUGACCUUCUGCCUUAUUCUGGGCACCCUUUUGGGUCUCCUGACUGUGGGGCUCUUAUAUGUUCCAGCUCCUGACCUGCACUUGGACCUGAUGGAGCGAAAAGGAGGCGGAGGCGAAGGGACUACCGCGUUCGCGGGCUGCUCCUGUCCCACCGCCCGACCAGGUGCGCCCUCGUCGCCCGCGGGCUUCCAGUGCCAAGGUUGCUGCUUUGUGGUUCACAAGAGGUGCCAUGAAUUUGUUACGUUUUCCUGUCCAGGUGCGGAUAAGGGACCCAAAACGAAUGUCCCCCGAGCAAACACAAGCUCAAGAUCCAAGAUCAAGGUGGCAGCCCCACCUUCUGCGAUCGUCGUGAGUCGCUAUCCUACUGCCUCAUCCACCAGGGAAUUAAAUGCACCACCUGCAACUUGA